AUGUGCCAAGGGGGCCGCCUCGACCCCGGCAGCCACCGAAAGGUGCUGAUGAAAACGGGGCUCAUCCUCCUCAUCGUCGGGCACCUCAGCUUCAUCACCGGGUCCCUCGUCCACGGCACCGUCCUGCGCUUCGUGCUCGCUGCCCGCGAUGCCACCUCCCUGCACUACGGGGUCACCAACAGCGCCUCUGUCAUCGCUGCGCUGCUGACCAUCUCCUGCGGAGUCUCUGCUCUGCUGCUGUCCCGUUUCCUCGGCCCUGCCGCCCUCCAAUGGGCGCUGCUCGCCCUGAGCGCCUGCAGCAGCCUCUGCUGCCUCUGCUGCCUGCUGGGGCUGCUCGUGGCCAUCGGGCUGACCCUGGGCAACCAGGGCCGGGUGUUGCUGGCCCCCUGCUCCAUCGCCAACACCGCCCUCGCCCCGCUGUCCCGCGAGUGCCCCUUCGAUCCCACCCGCGUCUAUAGCUCCACGCUGUCCCUCUGGGCCAUCUCCCUCCUGCUCGAGGCCGUGGCGAUCUUCUUCAGCACCCGCUGCUUCCUGCUCAGCCUCGACCUCCUCCGCCUCGGCCGCUGCUGCCGAGGGAUGCUCCGGGUGAAGGUCUCCCUGCAGGCGGCCCCUGCUCAGAGCCCCGGCCCCGGGCAGUGCCUGGCCUUGCUGAGACUGGACAGCGUGGAAAUCGCCCGGCUCUGA